AUGAACGUCUAUAGUUUUCUAUUGACUAUUUUUUUAUCUCUUGAAAGUCCAGUUUUCUCAGAUGAAGAUUUUUACCAGGUCAAAGGAUGUUGUUCAUUCAAGGGUCCAAACUUCAAUGAUAUUGAAUACAUUGUUGUAACUAGUUUUAACAAGCAAAGUUUAAUGCAGUACAACAGUACAAGGGGAUACUGGAUUGGAUUUACAAACUAUUCAAUCAUGACUUCAUAUAACUGGAACAAGGAUCCUCUUGAUCAUCUUCUAAGAAAAAUGGAAAAGAAACUUUUGUGUUAUGACAAUAUAAACUUUAUCCAAACCAUAGGAAACCUGUCAGCAACACCCAUCAUUAGGUUAAAACUCAUCAAACAGAAUUAUGGUCAACACCCAGUCAUGCUUGAGUGCAGUGCUUACAACUUUUAUCCAAAACAAAUCAAACUAACCUGGCUACGAAAUGGACAAGAAGUCACCGAAGGGGUCAGUUACACAGAUGUGAUUCCUGAUGGGCAAUUUUACUACCAGUCUCAUUCUUAUUUGGAGUACGCCCCGACGUCUGGAGAAAGAAUCAGCUGCAUGGUUGAACAUUCAGCGCUCUCUGAACCACAAACUAUUGUCUGGGGUGACUCCUUCACUGUGGAAGAAAAAGGUCAGGUUGCGGUUGGUCUUUGUGGACUGCUGACUGGGUCACUUCUCCUGACCUCUGGAUUAAUUUACUACAAGAAAAAGUCUGCUGCAUACAUUGAUGCCUGAAAACAGACAUUUAUGGAUGUACAUUACAAUUA